AUCGCUGUUCACGCUCGAUACAUUUAUAACAUUUUCCCGGCCAAUGCACGCAUGCAGGAUUUUGUCUUAUGCUCGUAAAUCUUUAAUUCAACAAUUUACCAACAUCAGAUCUGCACCUUUCGUAUUAAUUUUAAAGUCAGGGUUGAUCAACGACCCUUAUCUAGUCGACUCAUCUUUUUAUGCCUGAUUUAUUUGGAUUCAGAGUGGGUGUUGUCACAGGACAAUGAUCGAGAGACCCGACUCGGCUGUGUCCAGCGUUGCACAGAGAAAUCUGGAGGGUUAUGUCGGCUUUGCCAACCUCCCCAACCAGGUGUACAGGAAGUCUGUGAAGAGGGGCUUCGAGUUCACGCUUAUGGUUGUCGGUGAGUCUGGACUGGGCAAAUCCACACUGAUCAACUCACUCUUUCUUACCGACCUGUACUCCAAAGACUAUCCUGGUCCAUCUCAAAGGAUCAAGAAGACUGUUCAGGUGGAACAGUCCAAAGUCCUGGUAAAGGAAGGGGGCGUACAGCUCACACUCACUAUUGUUGAUACACCAGGUUUUGGGGAUGCAGUGGACAACAGCAACUGUUGGCAGCCCGUCAUCAACUACAUUGACAGUAAGUUUGAAGACUUCCUAAACGCAGAGUCGCGGGUAAACAGGAGGCAGAUGCCUGACAACCGGGUGCACUGCUGCUUGUACUUCAUCGCCCCCUCUGGCCACGGACUGAAGCCUCUUGAUAUUGAAUUCAUGAAGCGCCUGCAUGACAAAGUCAACGUCAUUCCCCUCAUUGCCAAAGCCGACACACUCACACCGGAAGAGUGCCAGCUGUUUAAGAAACAGAUUAUGAAGGAGAUUCAGGAGCACAAAAUCAAGAUCUAUGAAUUUCCCGACACGGAAGACGAUGAGGACAGCAAACUCAUAAGAAAGAUAAAGGAAAAGAUGCCUCUGGCCGUGGUCGGUAGCAACGUGGUGAUCGAAGUGAAUGGCAGGAAGGUCAGAGGGCGUCAAUACCCCUGGGGCGUAGCAGAAGUGGAGAAUGGUGAGCACUGUGACUUUACAGUCCUGAGAAAUAUGCUUAUCAGAACUCACAUGCAGGACCUGAAGGAUGUGACAAAUAACGUUCACUACGAAAACUACCGCAGCAAGAAACUUGCAGCCGUCACCUGCAACGGAGUCGACGCCACCAAGAACAAAGGCCAGCUGACCAAGAGUCCCCUGGCCCAGAUGGAGGAAGAAAGAAGAGAACAUGUGAUGAAGAUGAAGAAGAUGGAGACAGAGAUGGAGCAGGUCUUUGAGAUGAAGGUCAAAGAGAAGAAGCAGAAACUGAAGGACUCUGAGGCAGAGCUGGAGCGGCGUCAUGAACAAAUGAAGAAGAAUCUUGAAGCUCAGUAUAAAGAACUAGAAGAGAAGAGACGCCAGUUUGAAGACGAAAAAGCCAACUGGGAGACCCAGCAGCGCAUCUUGGAGCAACAGAAGCUGGAUGCAUCAAAGACAAUGGAAAAGAACAAGAAGAAAGGAAAAAUCUUUUAAAUAAGCCAAGACGCUCCUAGGCAUUCAUUUUAAUAAAACCAGAAACUCAUUUUUUGCAUCUCUUUUGAUGCAAUCAUGUACUAUGAUCCCCAAAAAACACGUCAACACACACCACACUACAGACAUUGACCUUAAUGUCAAAAAUUAACAGACAAAACAUUACCUUAACAUUUCCUUUUUCUAUUUUUAUGAACUUGCAUCCAUGGGCCAACAACCACACUAGUCUGUAUUGCCCUCUACUGGUUGUUCAUCAUAUUACAGCUCCUCUAUAAUGCUUUUUGUAAUAUAGAUUUUAUGUACUUUGUUUUAUUACGAUGCAAUUACAUUUCACAAAUGAGAGGAGUUUAAUCCAAGUGAGUUUUUACUUUUUUCAAUAGAGGACAGACAAGUGUACCUACUAAAGUAUAGCAUACUAAGUGCUGUAACACGCAGGUUUAAAUUAUGCACACCUCAGUGUUUUAAAUGUGGUCUCAUGGUACGUUGAUAUGGGUGUGAUGGAGAAUGUUGAAAAUGGAGGGGAUUUUAAAGGUUUAGGCAUGAAUGGAGAAAUUGUUUGUAUAUUUGUGUAUAUGAGAGAGAUUCUGGAAGGUUCUGAGUGUGUUUAAGUGUUGUGUGGCGCUGGAUUGUGUGUUUUUUGGGGAUCAUAGUCACUGAAAAUCUGUUUUAACACAGCUAAAUUAUGACAAUAACAUUUUCCAAUGUUUUUAAAUCUGUUUGCUGGCUGUGUACAUCAAGAAUUGUGCCCCUAUCAUAGAUGAUGAUAUACAAAAUGGCAUGGGUGUCAACAUUAAUAACAAAAGUCAUUUUUGAUAUGCAUUGUUAUAAUAUAAUUACAUUGUUCUUAAGCUGUGUGCACACAGACUGUUGCAACAUUUCUGUCUGCUCAUGUUUUUUUAUUCUUGGUGUUUUCUUUUGUAAAAGUAAAGGUGAAAUGUUACUCAACCUCCAUUCCCAACCUGAUCCGAGAGCAGUUUAGUUUUAUUUCGUAUAACGGUUGGGACUUGGACUUAUGCCUGUUGGGCUGGUCCUAGAUCAGGGCUUAGUAACACAUUGUAACCUCUAAGUAAAAGUUCAGUAAUUAUUUUAGCCACACUUACCUACUCAGAAUACCAGACAGUCUGUAGUCUGUUCCUGUUAUAAUAAACUUACAUAGGUCAUGUAUGUAAAUGAAAAUGAAGUGCUAUUUGUUUCUAUAUAGUUUGAUCUGAGUCUAUCAAAUGCCAAAUAGAGCAGUUAACUUUGAGAUCUGAUGCAUAAAGCAGGAAUCACAUUUAGAUAUCAGAUCUAGAUUGAGAUUUGGGUGGCUGGUGUGUUGGAGGAGCUACAGACAGCAACAUAAGCCAAUGCACAAACUCAAGCAAUUUUAAGAUCAACCAAGCUUACCUGUAUGCUUCAUAGACACACACUUAUAUUAUGCAAGAUUAAACACUCAGUCUUUACUGUUGUGGAUUGUUGUCAUCCACACAGAUGCUCAAAACUUUUAAUUUGAUUUUUAGUUAAACAGUAAGAAAACAAGGCCUACUUUGUUUUACUUAAACCACUGUACACCAAACGCAGAUCUGAACAUCCUGAAAAUGAUUUCUUUUUCUCUAGAUUAUUUUUCUUAAUGUUAUUUGUAUAUGUAUACGGUUUUAAAUCUCCAGUUGAUUUAUCGUCUGUUAUUCUUUCUGCCUAACUGUACAUUAUUAAACAUGAGAUGUUAUGCUAAUACCAAAGUCUGU